UAAUAACCAAUUCGUUAACUUAAUAUCCAAUUAACCGUUAACUGGCAUUAAGUGCAUUUUUUUAAUUUGGCCACAUUCGGCAGAUCACGGCCACUUUGGUCACCCCAAGUUUUACUUUCGUAUUUUGUGCGGUAGUACUGCCAAUCGAGGGGGAGGAAACGACUGAUGCUAUUGACCGAUCAUUAGGAAUUAUAUUAAUAAUGCCGCCGGCGAUCCAACCUGAAUCCACCCAUCGUCCAUCAGUUCUAACUCCAUUCCUUUAACUUUUACAUAGUUCCUCCGGUAGCGAUUGUCCCCCAGUGAAAACAGCACAAUUUCUCCGGCUGUCCAUUAUUUCUCACUAAAUCCAGAGCUGCGUAUACAUAUAAAACCAUCUCCCAGCUCACCUAGCCUUGUGUCCCUAUUUGCAUCCGUCAACACAGACACACACAAAGGAUCAAAUUCCGAGUGAUGGAAAAUCUUGACAUGUUCGCCGGAGGGAUCGAAGUCAUCCCUUUCCCUCCCUUCAAGCAGCAGGACGAUCACCGCGCCAACGAAGCUCAAUUGCCAACCUCAACCUUCCCCGAAAGUCACGAAACCAAGGAAACAGUUGACAACCCGGAUCCACCAGCGCCGGCGCCACUGUCCAGUGAAGAUCUUAUGAGGAUCGCGGCACUAAAAUUCAUCCAGUCCCACUCCAAAGACAUGCCAUUUGACGUCGUGACGGCCACAGUGGACGCUCCUCUCUCGGAAGAGCAAUCCGAGAGCGUGGAGCUCGCCGAGCUUCUCCUGGAAGCUGUAGAGAAAGUGGGAGACCGUCGAUUCGACGACGCCAGGGCACUGCUCAGGCAAUGCGACGGUCGGGCUUCCCCAACGGGAAACCCAAUCCAACGGCUAGUGUUCUACUACUCUGGAAGCCUGCGACACCGGGUCGACCGAGAAACUGGUCGAAUUGGGGCCGGGGACAUGUGGAAAGCGAAAGAGCAGUCGUCCAAUCUGUUCAGAGUUGCAAUGAACCCAAGCGUCAGGUUGGUUGAGUUUCAGAGGAGACUUCCUUUCUUCCAGGUAGCACAGUUUGCUGGGAUCCAGACGAUUGUGGAACACGUGGAGGGCGCUAGAAGGAUCCACGUCCUCGAUUUGGCGAUCAGGACAGGACAUCAAUGGACGAUCCUGAUGCAGGCACUGGCGACCCGGAGAAGAGACCGUGUGGAGCACCUGAAGAUAACCGCCGUGGCGACCAUGGAAAAGGAGUUGAUCGAGCAGACAGGGAGAAGGCUGGUGACUUUUGCGCAGAGCAUGAACUUGGUCUGUAGCUUUUACGUGAUCAUGGUCCGUGACCUGGCAGAGCUGAGGCAGGACCAGUUGCAGUUCGAUUCGGGCGAGACAGUGGCUGUUCUGGCGGAUGAUGUUGCAAGAACGCUGACAAGUCCCGCGGAGAGGCUGGACUCGGUGAUCAAAGUGAUCCGGAGGGUGCAGCCGUGCAUCAUGGUGGUGACGGAGAUGGAAGGGAGCAGGAACUCGCCGGUUUUUGUGAACUGGUUCGUGGAGUCGCUGUUCUUCGCCAGCGUGCUGUUCGAUUCCAUGGGGGAAUGUAUGGGGAGCGAGGAGGCAUGGAGGAAGUUUGGAGAGGAGACAUUGGGAGGGGUGAGCAAGAUGGUGAUGAUGGGGACGAUAAGUGAUAAACUAGGGCAGGGGAGAGCCUGGAUGAUCAGGAGUAUGAAGGUGGAUAUAUGGAGGGCUUUUUUUCGGCGGUUUGGGAUGGUGGAAGCGCAGUUGAGUCAUUCGUCCAUGUACCAAGCAGAGCUCAUGGCUCAGAGCGUGCCGUGUUGGAGCCCUUGUUCGGUGUGGAUGGAUGGGAAGAGCUUGAUUGUUGGGUGGAAGGGUACGCCCGUCAAGUCUGUUACUGCUUGGAAGUUUAGUUGAAGAUCAGUAGUCAAAUUUCUUGUUCGUCGGACAGUACUCUCGAAUACCUGGAGAAGUGGAGAAGAGAAGCAGGAUUCAGUAAGACGACAGUGACUCAGAUUUGUUAUUUUACCACGAAAGGGUUUUUACACAGACACGGAUGCCAACCUCUAUUCAUUUCAGAUUUAUUUUGACAGACUGCUUAUUCUGGUAUCGUAUUGGACAAAGGAACAACAUCCACUAAUAUCUACGAAGGAAACCAAAUCAGUGUAUUAUACAUUUUAGCUGCCAACAGUAAAUGUGUUAUAGAUUCUCAUUACAUUUCUGGACAUGGAAUAAGUAAGAACUUACCUGCUCCUGCUGAAGCAAGACUCUAAGGCGUGCAGUGCCAAAACUGCCAAAGAAAACUCCAUGAAGAAAGAGCGUGCAAGCAGAAUACAAACCUCCCUGAGGAGGAGUCAAGGAUGCCAAUAGAAUAGAAGAGAACAAUGCUAAUAGAUGAAAGGGUGCUCAUUCUCCAGCAAACAGCGAUUCGAGAUGGAACUCCCAAUACUAAUAAGUAGUUAAUGAAAUGCCAGGUGUAUAGUGUGAUUAAUAGAAGCACGAUACAAGCAAUUAGAGUCGGCUACCGCAUCAGAGGCUUCUGCAUCCACUUCAAGUGACAGAAUAAUAAUCAUCGAACCAUGAAAACAAGACAAGAAUGGAAAACUUAGUUAUAUCCUAGCUAGCCAAACAGGAUACGCAGCUGCCUUCAAAAUUGGCUCUAACACAAACAAAAAUGACCUAAUCCGAUUCAGAGUUGAACCCAUAACAUAAAAUCUGUGCUUACGGAACUUGAUACCGUCCAUCCCAGAACAAGAAUUCAACACAUCACCUGUAACAGUAAGCGUGCAGCUCCCAGAAGUCUCUCCAAAAAAUUGGGUACUCCGGAGUCGUUUUGUCUCCACUUCAAGCCGUGAGACAUGGUCCAGUUAGUGAUAGUUUUAAGAGAUAGUACCAUUACUACUGAAUUCAUGUAGUUAAACAGCUAUGAAUUUCAAGACUUUGCACUAUCAGGCUUCAAUCACACAAACCCUUUUGUGAUAAAAAGGAUUCCAAUUGAUAAAGGUAUUACAGAUGGUCAGACAAUUUUCAAAAUCCUAUAAGAAUAGCAUGAUUAAGGAUUAGCUCUGCUAGCGAGGUAUUACUUCAUAACCCAUCCGCAUUGUUUUGGGAGCAAGAAGCCAGAAGCUCUUCCAGUUUAGCAGAUUGCAACAACCUCAAAUCCCUUCUCACCUAACAUCUCCGCAUUCCGCAAAGUAAACAACACAAAAUCAACAACGUCAAUAAGGAUACAAGGCCAUACCUGGCUGUGAACUGGUUCCUGUUCUUAUAAACGAUUCUCUUAAAAAAUCAGCAUUCCGCCUGAAGCUGCUCCAACAAAGACUUCAAUUUCUCUUCCAUUCCAUACUACUUUCAAUUUCACUACCCAUUCCUUAUUUUUUGUCCUGCAACUUUCCAUUACUAAACUAGACAAUGAAGCUCCUAACUGGACAAUUAGCGGCUUGGAGGGUUUAGAGGUAAGGGGUUUUGUCCAAACUGAGACUCCGGCGAAGUGAAAACCCGACGCCGGAGGGGUUUUUCCCCCAAACCAAAUACUGAUGCCGGACUGACCGGUGAACAUGAUGUGGGUCUAGUUAUCAGAGCUAGGAACGGACCUUAUUAUGGGAUUUGUCGGACGAGAAUGAGGGCGAUGUAGGGUGGAGGAGACUGAGGCUGAGGCUCGAGAGCUUUACUGUGAGUAGAAAGGAAGCAGAAAAGACAGGACACUGGUGCCCGGGACGGAUUGCCGGGCUCUGGUCGGAAAUUGAAGAAGGAUAGAGAUUUCACCGAGCAGCUUGGCCGCAGCCGGAUCUGCGAAAUGG